GGAGACUGUGUCCACACUGGGUGUAUCUUGAGCAUAUAUCAGAACUCAAAGCCUGCCUCCACAGUGACACACCCACCUCCAGCAAGGCCACACCUCCUAAUAAUGCCAGUCCCUACGGCCAAGCAUUCAGAUACUUGAGUUAUGGGAGUUAUUUCUAUUCGAACCACCACAGUUGGUUUUUGUUUUGUUUUGUUUUGUUUUUUGGACAGGGUUUCAUUUGACUCAGAUUAUCCUUGAACUCCUGAUCCUCCUGCCUCCACUUCUCAAAUACUGGGAUUACAGGCAUGUGCACCACGCCCAGCUUACAGGCUGUCUUGCAAAGAACACAUGCCUAGUAGAUACACUUAUGCUUGCGAAGUGCCAACCUCCACACCAGAUCCCUGAGAACUGACAGACACUUAAAAAAAAAAAAAAAAACCCAAACCACAAUCCCAACUCCAGUGCUGCCCGCAAGAAGGAGAAAUGGAGUACGGCAUCAGGCAGAGUAGCAUGCCUUGAGAGACACUGGCAGUAGUUACAUCAGAGGAGGCUGAGAUUAUUCCAGGUGGAGAUGGGGGUCGGCGCUCCACAUCAGAGGGAGGGUUUGGGGAUAUGGGGCCUGGAUGCGCUUCUGAUGACCUCUGAUGUAGAAGAGUCUGGAUGGGAAUUAGCAGUGCCUUUGGAAAGCCGAGUAGAUGGGCACAAUCAGAUUUAGAUAGUCCUGCAGGCACUGUGCAGGAUGGAUUGGAAGAAGGAGAGGGAUGGAUUAGACCAGAAUCUAGGAGAAAAGUUGAGUGUCUGGGCCAGUCCCUGGGACCACCAUCUCUCUGGUCUUCGGACCAUCCAUAGAUGAGUUGUCCCCUUCCCUUUUUAGAUUGCUUAUUUUUAUUUUAUGUGUAUGGGUGUUUUCCCUGAAUGCAUGUAUGUGCACUGUGUGCAUGUCUGGUACCUGUGGAGGCCAGAAGAGGGAGCCAGAUCCCCUGGAGCUAGAGUAAGCUGUGAAUGUAAGUGCUAGGAACCAAAGCGAGUCCUCUGCAAGAGCAGCAAGUGCUCUUAACCUCUGAACCAUUUCUCCAGACCCCAUGGGUGAGUCUUAAUGUCCCUCGCUAGGCUGUCCACUGCACUGGGACAGAGGCUCUUCUGCAUUAGACACUGAAGCUCUUGUUCUCUUUCAUCUGUUUCCAUGUUAUCUCUUUUUGUUCUGCUUUCCACGUUCCUUCUAUUUUAUCUUUAGCUCCUUUGAUUACAAUUUUAAUAGCUAGGGAGGCCUAAUCCCGAGGAAAACAGUUUUGUUAUUGUUUUUAUUUGGGUUUUGAACUGUUUGCUUUUUUGAGACCGGGUCUCAUGUAGCCCAGGAUGGCCUCAAACAAUCCUUCUGCCUCAUCCCACCAAGUGCUAAGAUUACAGGCAUGUGUUCUUUGCUCUUUCCUGAGGUGCUAUAUUUCAAUAAAACAAUUCAAUAAGACUGUGAGUAUCACGUCAGGAAAAAGUGGAAAGGCCAGCAUGUGAGAGCCAGGUGUGGUCACUCUCAUUCUGUUAAUAGAUGCAGCAUGUGUUAGUUUUACUAUCAAAAAAAAAAAAAAAACUUCUCAUUAAAGGAAGAUGUCCUCUUAAGCACAUUGUGCGUUUUAGCUGUCAACUGCAUUUUUAAAUCAUAUCUUGCACACUUUUAAUAUCAAUUUAACCAAAAGUUAUAAUAGGAGGUGUCUAAGGAAAUUAUGUAUGUGCAGAAUGUAAAUGUAUGUAUUACACUGUAGUAAGCCACUAGAGAAACUCAUAAAUUGUAACAGUGACAGUUGGAGUUUUUUUUUUUUUUUUAAGAAAUAAGAAAAUGGGCUACUGCUGAGAGGUGGUGGUAUAGCCUCUAAUCCCAGCACUCAGGAGGCAGAGGCAGGCAGAUCUCUGAGUUUGAGGCCAGCCUGGUCUACAAAGUGAGUUGCAGGACAGCCAAGUCUACACAGAGAAUCCCUAUCUCAAAUGUCUUAAGAAACCAAAAAAAAAAAAGGAAAGAAAGUGGGUGACUGAGGUGGUCUCAGCUGGUACAUAUGCCAUGGAGCCCAACAACCUCAGGCAAAUCCCUGGAACCCUAAAGAUGAAAGACCAGAACAGACUCUUGCUGGUUGUCUCCUGAGCCGUCUGAUGGCCCGAUGUUUUUGCUUGCUUGAUACAGGGUCCAAUGCCUACCAGGCUGGCCUCAAACUCUCUGUAGGAGGGGAUGACCUUGAAUUCACACUCUUUUUGCUUGCGUCACUCCAGGACUGGGGUUACAGGCGUUUGCCACCUGACUUGGUUUAUGGGGGCAGGGGGUCAAACCAGGGCCCCACCUUAGUUUUUGAGAGCCUAGAGCUUCCAUUUGUCUAGAGUGACUGGCCAGCAAACCCCAGGGAUCUGUUUGCUAUGUCUGCCCACGUUGUUGGGGUUACAGGAUGUGCACCUGCUUUUAUGUCAGUUCUGGGGAUAUGCACUUAGGUCUUCAUGCUUGCUCAGCAAGGGCUUUACUCACUGAGCCAUUUCCCCAGUCCCAGGCUUUGCUUUUAUUUCCCAGUGUAGGAGGAGCUACUGGGGAUUGAACCCACACAUUCUGCCACCCACCAGGCUAACACUAAACUACACUCCUUUGCUGACUGGGUCUUCCUGUGUCUGAAUUCUAGUUGCUUCAACGAAAACAGAUAGGGAAAAUUAGCUCUACCUUCUAGGAAUGUUGAGAAAGUAAAACUUGACCAUGAAGAUAAAAAUGCAUUCCACUGCUUCCAACCCUCUGGUAAUGAACCUGUGUGGGAACACUGGCAUUUCUAUGAGAUCAUCUCAGGCAGAGCUUGAACUCCUAGACAUACUGUGUGGCUCUCUGAAGUUCUUCCUAGUUCCUGAGUUCCAGUAACAGGGUCAGAGAGCAUUCCCUCUAGUACACGAGUCACUUAAGAAGAGCUCUGGCUUUCCUAGAACUCGGGUGACAAACAACUUGGCUCAAAUCAAGAUGAAGUCCCUCCUGGCUAGGCAGCUGCCUUUCGUUUGGGAGAACAGUCAGAAAUGGGAGAGACCUUCCGGCUGCCAUCAGAAGCACCAGGAACUAACAAACUGGAGUUCUGAGCUAGGGUCCUUCCUCCCCACACUCUAAGCCUUGAACUCUCCAACUAAAUAACUGAGCUCUUUAAGCCCACUGCAGGGGCAGCUAAGUUAAAUCACUGGGUCAACAUAAAGCAACUAGUGCUUGUUGGUAAAUGUGGUGACCCGUGCAGAGCAGAUAGACAGUUACUCCCCGUCUUCUGGGUUUUCCAGGGCUAGGUGUGUGAUCCAGGAAGCCCUCCAGAGUCAGCAGGUAAGACAGCUUUUAAGCGUUUUCUACCCACUCCCAAGCCCCGACGAGAGGAAAGCACAGAGAAGGGACCAUUCACAAUUUAGACCUCAGCUUUUCUCAGUGGUGAUAUUUCUAAGGACGUAGGUGAGGGAGGAGAAAAAAAUGCUACAAAAGCAAGGAGGAAUGGUCCAGUCUCUCCCUUUCAAAGAAAGGAAGCCUGGGAUCGUUUGCAGAAGCAAAAGGUACACAGACAGGAAACUCUAGAACCUUGGGGUGUGGAAGUUGGGCCUAGGGUUGCUCCUACCUACUGGACAAAUGUGACCUAUUAAAGGGAGCAUGGGCUCUUAGACAUUAGAGGUAAAGCUAUUCUAGAAGAUAUGUAAGUGAUCAGGAUGGCUCAUCUAGACCGAGGCCUCUCAUGCCAAGCUCUCGCCUCACAGGUGUUUACAGCAUCAUCCCUCACAGCAACUCUAAGAAGUUAAAUGUCACAGCUGGACAUGGUGACAGGUGCCUGUAAUCCUAGCACUUGGGAGGCUGAGGCAAGGUGGUAUAGAGAGUUGGAGGCCAUGGGGUUUGGUGGAUAAAGUGCUUAUUUAGUAUGCAUGAAGCCUGGGGUUUGAUCCCCGUUACCUCAGACACCAGACAUGGUGAUGCAUACCUGUAAUCACAUUUGGGAGGAGGAUCAAAAGGUCAUGUUCAAGGUCAUCCCCGACACAUAGUAAAUUUGAGGCCAAAGAUUUAAGUGUUGCAAUCUCCAUUUACAGAAGAUAUUAAAGCUUAGAGAGAUCAAAUCACUUGUUCCAGGCUUUAAAGUUCCCGCAUGGCAGUUUGGGGACUCGGAGCCAGCCCUCGCUCCUCCUUGCACCUGGAAAGCCCAUCAGUUCCCAUUCAUUUGGAAAGCUGCCGCGGGAGAGCUACUCUGCCCGCUCCUGGAGAGCUCUCUGUGAGUGGCGGGGUUAACUCUGCCCCCUCCAGGAGAGUUCUCUGUGAGUGGCGGGGCUACUCUGCCCCCUCCUGGAGAGCUUCAGUGAGUGGCCGGGCUACUCUGCCCCCUCCUGGAGGGCUUUCUGUGAGUGGCGGGGCUACUCUGCCCCCUCCUGGAGAGCUUAAGUGAGUGGGGCUACUCUGCCCCCUCCUGGAGAGCUUAAGUGAGUGGGGCUAUCUCCCUCCAGGGGCUCUGACCAGUCUUCCUCCUGUGUUCUCAGGCUGAGGAACCUCCAGGGACUUCCCAUGGAUUUGUGAUCAACACAAGCAACUCUCCCAGCUCUGGACAGCCGCCCUAACCAGAGGCAUGCGGCUGCCCCGCUUCUCCAGCGCUGUAGUGCUUUCACUCUUGAUAGCACAGACCUGCAUCCUGGUCUUCCUGGUCUCCCGGCAAACGCCACGGUCCCCAGCGGGCAGCAGGGAGCAUGUGCACGUGCUGGUGCUGUCCUCGUGGCGCUCGGGCUCGUCUUUUGUGGGCCAGCUCUUCAGCCAGCACCCAGAUGUCUUCUACCUGAUGGAGCCGGCUUGGCACGUGUGGGAUGCCCUGUCGCAGGGCAGCGCCCCCGCGCUCCACAUGGCCGUGCGCGAUCUGGUCCGUUCAGUGUUCCUAUGCGACAUGGACGUGUUUGAUGCCUACCUGCCCUGGCGCCGCAACAUCUCGGAUCUCUUCCAGUGGGCGGUGAGCCGCGCGUUGUGCUCGCCUCCGGUCUGCAACGCCUUUGCUCGCGGCCACAUCAGCAGCGAGGAGGUAUGCAAGUCUCUGUGCGCAACGCGGCCCUUCGGCCUGGCCCAGGAAGCCUGCAGCUCUUACAGCCACAUAGUGCUCAAGGAGGUGCGCUUCUUUAACCUGCAGGUCCUCUACCCGCUGCUCAGUGACCCCUUGCUCAACCUACGCAUCGUGCACCUGGUGCGCGACCCGCGGGCGGUGCUGCGCUCCCGAGAGCAGACUGCCAAGGCGCUGGCACGGGACAGCGGCAUCGUCUUGGGUACUAACGGCACGUGGGUAGAGGCGGACCCCGGGCUGCGCGUGGUCAGUGAGGUGUGCCGCAGUCACGUGCGCAUCGCAGAGGCCGCCUUGCACAAGCCACCGCCCUUCCUGCAAGAUCGCUACCGCCUGGUGCGCUAUGAGGAUCUGGCCCGGGACCCGCUCACCCAGAUCCGUGAGCUCUAUGCCUUCACCGGCCUGGGCCUCACGCCGCAGCUCCAGACUUGGAUCCACAACAUCACACACGGCUCAGGGCCAGGCGCACGCCGUGAGGCCUUCAAGACCUCAUCCAGGGAUGCGCUCGUUGUGUCCCAGGCCUGGCGUCACGCGCUGCCCUUUGCCAAGAUUCGGCGGGUCCAGGAACUGUGUGCCGGCGCACUGCAGCUGCUGGGUUACCGACCUGUGUACUCCGAGCUUGAGCAGCGGGACCUCUCUCUGGACCUCCUGCUGCCGAGAGGCAUGGACAGUUUCAAGUGGGCUUCUUCCACUGAUGCGCAGUCAAAAUCUUAAGAGUUUUACUGGAUGGGGCUGGAGAGAUGGCUCAGAGGUUAAGAGCGUUGACUGUUCUUCCAGAGGUCCUGAGUUCAAUUCCCAGCAACCACAUGGUACCCUCUUCUGGCCUGCAAGCAUACAAGCAGACAGAACACUGUAUACGUAAUAAAUAAAAUAAAUCUUUAAAAAAAAAUAAUAAUAAUUUUAGUGGAGAGUCCCAGCUCUGACGUUAGGGCCUAGCAGAGUAUGAUAAAGAAAGGGCUUUGAGAACCCAGAAGAAAGUCCACUACCAGCAGCUGCGAGUGUGGGUGGUCUUGCCUUGUACUAGGAAAAGGAUUGAGUCGGAUUUCCAUAUUUUUUUUCCUCCCCAGAUUACGGGUUUCCUUUGAGUCCUCUAGGAUCUGGGUUCCCAUCAAGCACUCUCCCAUGGAAAAUGAACCCCCUGCCCACGUCCUCUGGUCACGGGGGGGGGGGGGGGGCAGCCAGACUCAGACUUUCCUUUGUCCUUUCUCUUCUCUUUGGUAAUACCAUGCAGUAGCACAGAACGGUGUCCCAGGCCCGGUCGGGAGUGGAAGGGUACUGCUGUAGGCCGGCUCCUAAAAUGUGUGCACCUCCUCACAUUUGCUCACGCUGACCUCUCCACCCCUGUGCCCUCGUCUCAUGGUCCAUCGAAGGCUUGGAUGGCGGUGUGCAUGGUCGAGAAGGAAUCAGAGAAGAUGCCUCUUGUGGUUUCCUCUUAGACUCUU